GCAACUGACUUUUCAGCGCUUUAAAACGAAGAAUCUUCAUUUAGGUUUACAUUUCUCGUAUUACAAAUAUAGUAACUUUCAUUUUAGAAGGAGUGUUUUCUUCAGUAGCUGCAUAGUUAUUGCUUGUGAGGAAUUUUGUGUUUCAAAUAGCCUCGAAUGCCUCAAAAGCUAGAAUUUCGCACUGAAGCACUUUAGCUGUAGCUAGCUACCUAGCUAGUUACAAUUCAUGUAAUUCCUGAGAAAGGGUCAUCAGGAAAGGGAACAGCAGUUCAUGGAAGACAAGAAAAGGAAGAAGGAAGAAAAAAGGAAAAGGGAAACCUCUCAGAAGGUGGCCGAGCAAAAAAACAAAGUGCCAGAAUUGACCAAGCCCCCAUCUGCCCACUCUCCUGCCACUCCCAACUCGGCGUCCCCCAGCCCUGGCCCCGUCCCUCCUGCGACCCCAUCCAUUGCCACCGCGGCUGCUGGCGGUCCCCCUCAGGGUGGGAACAAUGCUAAGCGGCCGGCGGUGGCCAACGGACAGCCCUCCCCCAGCACCCAGGCCCCCCAGCGCUACAUGCCCCGUGAAGUGCCCCCUCGAUUCCGUACCCAGCAGGACCACAAAGUGCUACUGAAGAGGGGCCAGCCACCACUGUCCUCCAUGCUGCUGGGGGGAGGCAACAGCGGGGGUGAUAGCCCCAAUGCAACAGUGGCUGCUUCCUCAGGUGAGGAUUCCAGCCAGGGCUCUGUGGGUCCAACUGCUCCCUCACUGCCCCACACAUCAUCCUCCUCAUCAAUCGCUGCUUCUUCUACUACUACUUCUUCAAAUUAUGCAAAUUCCACGUGGGGGGCAAGCUCUGGCAGCCAGCCCCUCUCUCAGGGCAGGGAGAAGGUGAUAGUGGAUGGGUCGGACCUGGAGGAGUGGCCUAGCAUUGCUGCUGGAGACGGGGCAAGGGCUGGAGAGACGGCGGUCACUGGGGGAACGGAUGGUAGCGGGUUGCCGAACUGCAGUGCCUCGUGGGGCGAAAGGCACCUCCAGCAGCAGCAGCCGAAAGUGGUCGGAGGUGGAUCUGGUGGAGGGAAAGGUGUCAAUUCUGGUAGCCCCUCACCACCCUCCUCCUCCUCUUCACCUAAUGAAUGUAUGCAGCCUGGUAGUGUUGUAUGGGGCUCAUCUUCCCAGGGAGUCACAGGAGGAAAUGCAGUAGCGGUAGGGUCAGUGCCCUCCAUAUCCAAAGCCUCCCCUCUCCCAGGGAGCUCUGAUGGCUCUCUUGGUGUUAGCUGUGGGAUUCCAGAUGCCAACUUCAACCCCAAUGCCAAUCCCUCUGCCUGGCCAGCCCUGGUUCAGGAUGGGGCUGGGGUGGCUACAACAGAGGGUGGCCCCUCUUCCCUCCAAAGCUCAACAUCGUUGUCUGCCAACAACCCUUCUAUGGGUCACACCUCUAUUUCUGUGAAUCAAGCCUCUCAUCAGCACCAACUUCACCAAAUGCAAUCCAGAGACAGAGAACCAUCCUGUGGGGAGUGGGGUGGCGCAGCACUGGAGACUGGAGCAGGACCAAAAAACGCAGGAAUGAUUGAGGGGGGCAAAAUGGACUGUGGAGGUACAGGGGGAGGAGAUCUCUCCACUCCUUUUUCCUCUGCCACCACCUCAUCAUCAUGGGGAACUCAGCAUUUCCCCUCAAAUUCAAAAACGGGUGCCUCUAGUACUGAUGCUUGGGAAGAUGGAGCUGGGGCAAGCUCUGUCACUGCUGAAGGGGGAAGCGCGUGGGGUUACAGUGGUCAGGAGGACAGGGAAGUGUCUGUAGGGGGAAAUAGUGCAUGGGGCACAGGAAGUGGGGGCAGUGGUCAAGCCCCCGGGGUAUCUCAGGGAGCAUGGGGUGGGGGAGGUGGGGACCAGCUGCCGGUUGGGGAUUGGGGUAGUUCUGGUGGUGUCAGUGGUGUUAGCAGUCUUGUUGGUGGAGGUGGGGACGGCUCAAGUAGUAACAGCAGUAGCAGUAGUGGUGGAAGUGUUAGCAAUCCUCCAGCAUCCUCCUCCUCCACGGCUUCAACUAUGACUUCAAGAGCUUGGGACAAUCAGAAAGGAAUUGUGGAUGGAGGAGACACAAGUGAGUGGGGAGGUCAAGGGAGCAGAGGAGGUGGAGGUACUUCAUCCUCUAGUGGUGGAGGGAACUCCAGAAGUGGCAGUGGCCCUCAUAAUCAGCACCACGGCCACCACCGCUCCCACCAGCCUCCCAGUCCUGAAGUGGCCUUACAGAACCUGCUCAGUCGCUCUGAUCUUGAUCCCAGAGUACUGUCCAACUCCGGAUGGGGGCAGACUCAGAUUCGGCAGAAUGUUGCUUGGGAUUUGGAUGAUAGGGGAGGUAGUGGUUCAGCAGCUGCAAGUUCCUCCACUUCAGCAUCUUCAGCCAUGAAUGCGCCGAACCUUGCUCCAUCAUACUCUACUAGCUCAUCGACUACUGAUCCAUCAUCAUCAUCUGCGCUCUUGGGUGCAUCUCAGAGCUCAAACCCAAUCCCUGGACCAUCAGCUGUGUCCUCUGGGGAAGGCUGGGACAACAGCAGUAAAAGCACCAAUGUUUCUUUGCCUGCUCGAGGCCCCCCUCCUGCUGGCUGCAACAUCCAAAAUCCUGGCGUCUCACAAUCUGGAGGUGGAGCAGGUGUCUUGAGUCAUUCGGCCGGAGGACAGGGGAAGCCAUCUGGGUCCUGGGGAGAGACGGCUUCACCCGACAACCAAGGGAAAGGGUGGGACAGUGAGGGACCGGAGUGGCGAGAGCGAAGGGUAGGGUCAAGUGGAUGGGGAGAUUUCCGACAACAGGGUACUCCAACAGGAGGAGGAGGAAGUGGCUGGGGGGAUGAUCAGGAGGAAAAAGGGACUGGAGCUUGGAAGGAUAUGGGCAGGGAUGGAACUGGCUGGGGGCAGAAAGGUGGUAAUGAAUGGGGUAAUGAACGAGAGUCCAGAUCAAGUGGGGGUUGGGGGGAUGGAAAGGGCAGUGGGGGAGGUACAAGCGGUGAUUCAGAGGUUGGUACAUGGGGCAAUUGGGAUGAAGGUGCCCCAAGGAGAGCAUGGGGAGCUGGCGGUACAGGAGGUGGAGCUGGAGGGGGAGAUAUGGGUGGCAAACCUCAUCAGGGAUGGGGAGGGAGAAUGCACCCUUCACAGAUGCCAAACAGCCAGAUGGCCUCACUGAAGGGCCCGGCACAUCAGCAGCAACAAUCACAGCCCCAGCAGUCUCAGUCGCUGGACCCUGGGGCGAUGCAAGGGGGCUGGGGAAGACAAGCAGUUGCUCCAGCUCAGAGCCAAAGUUCAGGGUGGACCUCAGGGCCCAUCCCCCAAAUGCCUGGUGGUCCUGGUGAAGGCUCAGAGCCCAGUGGUUGGGAAGAGCCUUCUCCACAGUCCAUAAGUAGAAAGUUGGAGAUAGAUGAUGGAACAUCUGCAUGGGGUGACCCCAGCAGCUACAACUACAAGAGCGUGAACCUGUGGGACAAGAAUGGGCAAACGCAGUCCCAAAUGCAUGUACCGUCCCAGCCUCAACAGCAGGGACCUCAAUCUCUGCCACAGCAGUCACUUGGAAGGCAGCCUGCAGGCCUCGGGAACAGGGAUGUGAACCUUGCACAUUCAUCCAACAAAGGCCCUGGAAUAGCUCCCUCUGGAUGGGGAGGUAACAGUUCUCCGUCCAGCCCAUGUGUGGACAACGGCACUGCAGCCUGGGGAAAACCCAGUGAGACCCCGAUGGGUUGGGGUGAACCAGAAGAUACUGGGAAGUCCUCAGGCUGGGGAAACCCUUCCCCAAAUCCCAUCAAAUCUGGUUCAAAGUCUAUGCAAGAAGGCUGGGGUGAGGGAGAGGGCUCUGUCAGUGCGUCACGUCACUCCAGCUGGGAAGAGGAAGAGGAAGGUGGUGGUGUGUGGAGCAGUACUGGUUCUCAAGGCAGCAGCUCCUCCUAUAACUCUGGGGGUUGGGGCCAAGGUCAUGGAGGCAAGAAGGGCAACAAAGGGUCCAUUAAGAGUGGUGGAGAUUCAUGGAUGAACCCUAUGACUAGACAGUUCUCAAACAUGGGACUUCUGGGAGAGGAUCCCAGUGGGCGGCCCCUGGAUUUGGCCCCUGGCCCUCCUCAGGACAAGAAACUUGACGGAGACAAGCGCGGGGUCGGUUUGAACGACUACAACGGAGAGAUGCGCAAAGGUGGACGAGUAGGGGGAGGGGGAACAGUCUUCCGUUCGGCCAGUUCCAAAGAUGUGGGUCCUGGUGAACCUGGGCCUUACUAUGACAAGACGGGUGGUCAUAUGUUAGGAAGCGGGGCUGGAAUGGCACCAUCCAGACACCAACCCGGUGUGCCACCCAUAAACCUGUCCCCGGGGAUACGAGCGCAAGUGCCUCAUCAGUUCCUGUCACCGCAGGUGCCAGGUUCUGUGCUGAAGCAGAUGCCCCCUCCCAGCGGUGGAGUGGGUGGAGUCGGAGGAGUCGGUGGAGUGGGCGGAGUCGGGGGAGUGGGCGGGGUCGGAGGAGUGGGUGGAGGGGUUUUCCCCCCUCAGCUGUCCCCACAGCACAUUGCCAUGCUCAGCAGCAUCUACCCCCCUCACAUCCAGUUCCAGUUAGCCUGUCAACUACUUCUACAGCAGCAACCGCAGCAGCAGCAGCAGCAGCAGCAGCAGCAACUCUUACAAAACCAGAGGAAGUUCACUCAGAACAUGCGGCAACAGGCAGAUCCUCAGCAGCUUGCCAGGAUCAUGGCUGUUCUACAGCAGCAAAGACAGCAGCAGCAGGUUGGAAGUACCGGUGGGGGCUCAAAACUCUCCCCCUCCCACCUGGGUGGCCCAAAAAUGCCCAUGUCUGACACGCUCUCUCAUCCUGGCCUCGGGGGAUCUGUGGCUGACCUGCAUUCAAAAACACAAGGGACAUACUCUGGGUUCAGCUCUGGGGUAAAUCUGUCUGGCCUGGAGCUGGGCUCGAUGGUCGGGGGUCCUAAGGAAAGCGGAGGACAGCAGUCUCGCUUCAAGUGGAUGAUGGAAGGGCAUUCUCCAGCCCCCUCCCCUCCUGACAGCACACUGCACAAAAAUGGUCCCAUUGCUGCUCCAAUGAAGGCUAGGGGCAGCUCCCCAUACUCCCAGUUUGAGCUGCUAGGUGGGGAUGGUUUGGGUGUACCUCCCCAAGGUUCCAAUGAUAACUGGCACAGAACUCCUGGAAACAAGAUGGGGACCAAGAGUGGCACUUCUAGCUGGCCGCCAGAAUUCCAGCCGGGGGUGCCUUGGAAGGGAAUUCAGAGUGUUGAUCCUGAAUCUGAUCCCUAUAUGACCCCAGGGAGUAUGCUAGGCUCAUCUGGAGUGUCAAGCCUCAACGACAGUGAUCACCAGUUGCUAAGAGAUAACACAGAAUCAAACCCCUCCCUGAACACCUUGCUGCCUUCACCCGGUGCCUGGCCCUACAGUGCCUCAGAGAGCCCCCUCAACAAUGCACACAACCCAGCUAAGUACAACGAGUACAAGCCCAGCUGGCCCCCUGAGCCCAUAGGACACAACAAGCCCUGGAAGGCAAAUCGCAACAGCUCUCAGCUGCCACGCCCACCGCCUGGUCUGACGAAUCAGAAGUCAUCUUCCCUCUCCCCGUGGGCGGGAGGAGGUCCACGAUUGGCCAGGGGUUGGGGUGGCUCUGGCGGCAGCCAGGAAACCAGAUACGGGCCUGGCUCGGCAUGGAGUGAUGGUGGUGCCUCUAGAGGAAGCUGCUGGCUGGUGCUAAGUAAUCUCACUCCUCAGAUUGAUGGUUCCACUCUGAGAACUAUCUGUAUGCAGCAUGGUCCUCUGCUGACCUUCCACCUUGGUCUGACCCAGGGCAGCGCUCUGAUUCGUUACAGCUCCCGACAAGAAGCAGCGAAGGCCCAGAGUGCACUACACAUGUGUGUUUUGGGAAACACCACAAUACUGGCCGAGUUCGUGAGCGAAGAGGAAGUGGCUCGCUAUUUUGCACAUUCCCAGGCAGGGGGGGGCGCGAGCGGCGGCGGAACUGGGGCGAGCGGAGCCGUCUCGGGGACGGGAAGCGGGCAGGGGUCAUCAGGGUCGGGUCCGGUCGGCACCAGCAGUGCUGGGAGCGCCCCCGGAGGCGAGAGGGAGCGGGCCGGAGGUGGAAACUCCACGACAGGAGGAAACAACAACGGGGGAGGAGCAGGGCCUUCAGGCUCCAGCUGGCAGAGUUUGGACGGUACCGGUAACUCCCCAGACCCUGCCUCCGCCCAGGGGCCAAGCCUCAGUAUUUUCGCCCAAUGGAGCAGCAAUGGUGUGGGGGGAGGUGGUGUGGGCGGCAGUGCUGGGGGCAUAGAACCUGGCAGGCAAGGGUUGUGGAGGGGCAUGACUCCAGGGUACUCUGGCAGCAGCCUUUGGGGGUCUCCAGCCAUGGAGGACCGUCACCAGAUGAGCAGUCCUGGAGCACUGCUGCCAGGAGACCUGCUUGGAGGAGGGGCUGACUCCAUCUGACUGAACCAUCCACUCACUUAAACCCAAACACACACACACACACACACACACACACACACACACACAACACAUACACACUCACAUUCUCACACACGCACAUAUUGCAAAAUAUAAACAUGAAUAUUAUGAUAAGCACUCAUCUGUAUACUGGCAGUUAUAUAGAAACAGGCAUAUAAGUACCUUCAAAAGUACAUUCAUUGAUAGUGAUUCAUACAGACGUUCACAUACAUGCCAAUACAUGGUGGCUUGACAGAAAUUAAGUCUGCGUAUGGACACAUAAUUAGUAAUUCCAGUUACUGUGACAAAACCUGUAGGAUUAUACACAUAAAUUUCAGUGAACACUCAAUGGUCAAAAAUACUCACGCAAAUGCUGACGAACUCAAAAUAUUUUUUUACAAAUACAUUUACUUACCAAAAUGCAUUAAAUAUUCUGAUGAAUACUCAGUUGAGACAUUGCAAAAAUGCUUACAGACAACACUGGCUUCAUGUUUACACACUGUCAAACGUGUCGGACAACGCGCCCGUGUUCCAAACUCUGUACCACAUUAUCAAAAGUGACACACGCAGUUCAGUACAGUGUUAAGUUUGGAACACAGCGAGUGUCAGUAGUACGCAGAGCAGCACUGCUGAAAUACGUACGUACAUGUGCAUAUACAACUACACAAGUUUUACCCUUAAAUGAAGACUUCAGCAGCAAGACUUGAACAGGAAAAAAAAAAAAAAAAGUGAAAACAGUUGGACUUGGACACAGACUCAACUGGAUGAAUCCUAAAUCUUGAGUUUAUAGAGAUCACACUUGCAU